AUGAAAAUGGGCCCAUUAGGUGCAGAGGCUGAUGAGAACCAGACAGUGGAAGAAAUGAAAGUGGAUCAGUUCGGUCCAGGACACACCAUUCCAACAGGGGAGCUGGCCCCUGACUCUGAACCGGAGCUUAUAGACAGCACCAAGCUGAUUGAGGUGCAGGUUGUCCUUAUAUUGGCCUACUGCUCCAUCAUCUUGCUUGGGGUGAUUGGCAAUUCCUUGGUGAUCCAUGUGGUGAUCAAAUUCAAGAGCAUGCGUACCGUAACCAACUUCUUUAUUGCUAAUCUGGCUGUGGCGGAUCUUCUAGUGAACACCCUGUGCUUGCCAUUUACACUUACCUACACCUUGAUGGGGGAGUGGAAAAUGGGUCCUGUCCUCUGCCACUUGGUGCCAUAUGCCCAGGGCCUGGCCGUCCAAGUGUCCACGAUCACCUUGACGGUGAUUGCCCUGGACCGGCAUCGUUGCAUUGUCUACCACCUCGAGAGCAAGAUUUCCAAGCAAAUCAGCUUCUUGAUUAUUGGCUUGGCUUGGGGUGUCAGCGCCCUGCUAGCAAGCCCCCUGGCCAUCUUCCGGGAGUACUCGCUGAUUGAGAUCAUUCCUGACUUUGAGAUUGUGGCCUGUACUGAGAAGUGGCCUGAAGAGGAGAAGGGCAUCUAUGGCACUGUUUACAGUCUUUCCUCCUUACUAAUCCUGUAUGUUUUGCCUCUGGGCAUCAUCUCUUUUUCCUACACUCGUAUUUGGAGUAAACUUAAGAACCAUGUCAGUCCUGGGGCUGCUCAUGACCAGUACCAUCAGCGGAGGCAAAAAACCACCAAAAUGCUGGUGUGUGUGGUGGUGGUGUUUGCGGUCAGCUGGUUGCCCCUCCAUGCCUUUCAACUUGCUGUUGACAUUGACAGCCACGUCUUGGACCUGAAGGAAUACAAACUCAUCUUCACUGUGUUCCACAUCAUUGCCAUGUGCUCCACCUUUGCCAAUCCCCUCCUCUACGGCUGGAUGAACAGCAACUAUAGAAAGGCUUUCCUCUCAGCAUUUCGCUGUGAGCAGAGGUUGGACGCCAUUCACUCUGAGGUGUCUGUGACGUUCAAGGCUAAAAAGCACCUGCAAGUCGCAAAGAAUAAUGGUCCCAGUGAUUCUUUCACAGAGGCUACCAACGUCUAAGGCAACUAACAUGUGAAAAUCCAUGGAUGAAUUCUGACCAGAGCUAUAAACCUGGUUUAGGAAAGCAUGCAGGCGCAUCCUCAUUUCCCAUUUUAAGGAAGCAUUUCACUGGAAGCAUAUGCAGCAUAAUUCAUGGAAAACUGGUUGGCAGAGUCUAAUAAAAGCAUUCAAAUUCAAAGACAAGGCAGCAUAAGAGUUUGCUUAUGGUUCCUUAGAUGGUAGGUUGAAUUAUGAGUCAAAGCAGAGAGAAAUGAUUUUGACUGAUUCCAAGAGUGAAGGAAACAUGAGCAAGGAAUUGAUGUUAGCAGCAUUGC